AUGGUGUCCGUCCGGCCCGCCCGAACGGAAGACCUGCUGGGCAUGCAGGCUUGCAACCUAAGUUGUCUCCCCGAGAACUACCAAAUGAAGUAUUACCUGCUCCACCUUCUUUCCUGGCCCCAGCUACUCUACGUCGCAGAGGAAAACUGCUCGAAGAAGAUAGUGGGCUACGUACUCGCAAAAAUCGACGAGGAUAACGAGGGGGUAAUUAUAGACUCAUUGUUUCAGCCGGAAGAUCCUUGCAUAGUUUUUGUUUUCCAUGUUGUCAACAUCUUCAUGCCAAAAGCUGUGUAUAUCAAGGCGGGUAUUGAUGAAGCUUCAGCAUUUUGACUAGAGCGCUAGUGCAUUCAUUUCAUUGAAAAAACGGAACGCAAGAAAAAAAAAAACAGAUCCACGGCCACAUAACGUCCCUUUCCGUGCUUCGUUCGUACCGAAAGCUUGGGCUCGCCACGAAGCUGAUGCGGUGCACCCUGGAUGCGAUGCAGGAGUGCUUCGACGCCGAAUUUGUCUCGCUCCACGUCCGCGUCAGCAACCGAGCGGCGUUUACGCUUUACAGCACCGUCUUGGGCUUUCAGAUACACGACGUGGAAAAAGCUUACUACGCCGACAAGGAAGACGCGUACGACAUGCGAAAGGAGCUGAAAGCCAACUCCAAGGUUGGACAUAAAAAAGCACCGGGCGCGAGCAAGGAUGACGUCAGUGGGCAAGGCAGCCUGGAGGAUUUGCAGUAUUUUUUUUCUUAGCCAGUUGUGAUUUUUUUGCCCAUCGUUUGAAGGAGGUUCUUGUCCGCUGCAUUUUAAUAUGUGCAUGAGUGUGCUUCUGCUUGUAUCAGCAAUCACUAUUACAUUUAAAUCCUUUUAAUUGAAACAGGGAAAACAACUUUACGGAUGGCGAGAAAAAGCCGGCGGAGGGAGAUGUAGACCAGCUUGCAGAAGAUAAUGUGGAUGAAUCCAAACCCACAACUGCCGACACGACCGCAUCUACAACAACUGCAGGGGGCGACGCAAAGAAAAAAAAGAAGAAAAAGUAG